AUGGGUGAAUCUCGGCGUGAAGCUUGCCCCUGUCUGGAAGCGCUAUGGCAGAGGCUUUUCGGCAAGAAAACGGUGGGCGGCGGAGGUGACGGUGGGGAAGUGGGGGAAGACCGCGGGGGAGAUGGAGGAGACGGCGAGCGUUCGGACGUCGCGCAGCGCGGCGGUGUUACGCGGUGCCAUCCACCCAGAGAGGCGCUCAGGCCGCCGGUGCCGCAGCAGCAGGCGCACAAGGACGGCUGCUCCAUCUACACGGCGCUGUGGUCGUUCGAAGCCCGCCACCCAAACGAGCUGUCCUUUCAGGAGGGGGAUCUAUUCAACGUCGUCGGCCGAGCCGGGGAUUGGUGGACGGCGCGCAAGAUCGACAAGAACGGCCGCGUUCUGGCCACGGGGGUGGUGCCGAAUAACUAUCUGGCCAGGGGAGAGUCUGUAGACGCGCAACCAUGGUUUGUUGGAAAGAUGAACCGCUGUGAGGCCCAGAGCCACCUGCUGGGCCCCAGCAACAAAGAGGGAGCGUUCCUGGUCCGCCUCAGUGAGAAAGACAACAUCGGAUACGUUCUCUCAGUGAAAUCCAACAGUCGCGUGAAGCACUUUAAGGUGGGCCAGAUAGAUGGUUAUUUCUUUGUGGAGCUCAGCCAGCAGUUCAACUCUCUGAUCGACCUGGUCGAACACUACCUCACUCACAGCUUCAACAUCAGAGAGCGCCUUGGAAAGCCUUGCAAGAGGAAAGAGCCCCAGCCCCAGGACCUAUCCCACUCCACUGUGGAUGAGUGGGAGCUCCCCAAAGAAGAGUUCACCUUGGAGAAGCAGUUGGGCAGCGGCUAUUUUGCUGACGUCCAUCAGGGGCGCUGGAAGAACCGCAUCAAUGUCGCAAUCAAGAUAUUAAAAAACGACUCAGAGCUGAAUCAUGGUGAUUUCCAGAGGGAGGUUCAGAUAUUGAAGCGUCUGCGACAUCGUCACCUCAUCUCCCUAUUUGCCAUCUGCACAGCUUCCUCCCCAUAUUACAUCAUCACCGAACUCAUGGAGAAGGGGAACCUGCUCAACUUCCUCAGAGGUGCAGAGGGGAAACGGCUGGACCAGGUGUCUCUCAUCGACAUGGCUGCCCAGGUGGCUGAUGGGAUGUCAUAUCUGGAAGAGCAAAACAGCAUCCACAGAGACCUGGCUGCCCGCAAUGUACUGGUGGGAGAAAACUACAUCUGCAAAGUGGCUGACUUUGGUCUUGCACGGAUUAUCAAGGAGCCAUUCUACAUCACUGCAGACAAGAAGAUCCCUUACAAGUGGAGCGCUCCAGAGGCCAUCAGCCAUGGAAGGUUUUCCAACAAGUCUGACAUCUGGUCCUUUGGAAUCCUGCUGUAUGAGAUCAUCACCUAUGGAGCAGCACCUUAUCCUGCCUACAGCAACCAAGAAGUGUACCAACAGGUCUGCAAGGGAUACAGGAUGCCGGCUCCAUCCAAAUGCCCUGACUUCCUGUAUGACAUCAUGUUGAAAUGUUGGCACGCUGAGGCAGAUGAUCGGCCGGACUUCAAGGACCUUAAGCAGCAGUUGGUCAACAUUAACCGCUAUGAGCUUGAGUGA